AUGCCAGUGCUGUUGGAGCAGGAGCUGUUCUUCUUCAGGAGGAUACCCAUGGACAACCGUGUGCACAUUGGUCCAAAGAUGGAGAUCCGGGUUGUGACUUUGGGCUUAGAUGGAGCUGGCAAAACUACUAUUCUCUUCAAACUGAAGCAAGAUGAGUUUAUGCAGCCCAUACCGACCAUAGGUUUUAAUGUUGAAACUGUUGAAUACAAAAACCUGAAAUUCACCAUUUGGGAUGUGGGUGGCAAGCAUAAACUCCGCCCACUCUGGAAACACUACUAUCUGAACACACAAGCGGUGGUGUUUGUGAUUGACAGCUGUCACCGAGACCGGCUGAUGGAGUCUCACAGUGAACUGGCCAAACUGCUGACCGAGAAAGAGCUCAGAGAUGCUCUGCUGCUCAUCUUCGCCAACAAACAGGACGUCCCCGGCGCGGUGUCCGUGGAGGAGAUGACGGAGCUCCUGAGCUUACACAAACUGUGCUGCGGGCGCAGCUGGCACAUCCAGGGCUGUGACGCCCGCAGUGGCAUGGGGCUUCACGAGGGCCUGGACUGGCUCUCACGCCAGCUGGUGGCCGCAGGAGUUUUGGAUGUGGCCUGAGGGACGCUUACCCACUCUUAAUAGACUUGUGACUUACAACUCAAGCCUGUCCGUGUCAUUUGCACAGUCACCCUGCUCAUGUUUACCCAUGUCAUACCAUCAUACAUCAGUAGACUUGCUGCUGUGUGCGCUUGUGGUUCAAUGGUGUUCAUUAAUGGAGCUCAUAUAGGACUCCAGGUUAAAUACAAGGCAACAUAUCCUGCAGGUUAUCAACAAACAUAAUUUCAGCUCAUCACUCAGUUUCUAAAUAAAAACAAAGUUUUGAAACUUAUUAUGGAAGCCUAUGGGCAAGUGUGCUUCAUAGACUUCCAUUGGAAAUGCUUUACUGCAUAAAAAAAAGAAAAGAUUUUUAUUUAUUAUUACAAAGUGAG